ACCAGGAAGUAACCUUUAGUAACUGUUCUCAUCACGUUCACCAGAAGAUGAACCUAACGAUUUAUCCUCGCAUCUAUGUGGGACAAACUCUGGCCCUCAUCAAACCAGAUGCCAUCCACAAAGAUGAGGAGAUCGAGGACAUUAUCCUCAAAUCAGGCUUCAUUAUCUUGCAGAAGCGGAGGCUGCAGCUAAGUCCAGAACAAUGCAGUGACUUCUACGCAGACCUUUAUGGAAACGUUUUCUAUCCCGUCCUUACUGCCUUCAUGAGCUCUGGCCCCAUCGUUGCCAUGGCUCUGGCCCGUGACAACGCCAUCGCCCACUGGAGGUCCAUCAUAGGGCCUUUGGACAGCAUGAAGGCCAGAGAAACUCAUCCAGAUUGCCUUAGAGCAAAAUAUGGCACUUGCAAAAUCGAAAACGCACUCCAUGGCAGCGAGUCAUUUCAUGCGGCUGAAAGGGAGAUCAAAUUCAUGUUCCCAAACACCGUAAUUGAGCCCUUUCCCUCACGAGAAUCCAUUGAAGUAUACCUGAACAGGUAUGUGAACCCAACUCUGCUACUUGGACUCACUGAACUCUGCAAGCACAAGCCACACAACCCCUGUAUUUGGCUUGCUGACUGGCUGAUCAACAACGAUCCAAACAAGCCUAAAAUAUAUGAUGGAGCCACUGUGGAAGAGGCAGAAUGACAACAAAUAAUUUAUAAACAAAUGUAUCUAUUCAGUACUGUGAUUAAAUAUAAUGACUUUCCAGUAUUAAUCCUCUGUUUUGUUUGCUUUCUGGUAAAGUUUGACCAGCUUCAUGUCUUGUUGCUCCUCUGGAACUGGUGCUCAAACGCAAAAAAAAUGUUUUUGUCAAAGUACUACAGCUUGUAAAGAACCUACAUGGGAAUAAAUCUGAGUAACAAAUAUGUUACUGAAUGUACAAAGUGACUUCGGUCAUUCAAAUGAGCAUUGCAUUAUCUUAUUCAGGCUGCUUUACAGUUCCAGUGUGCAAGUAAGAUAACAUAUUGCUAAUUAAUAAAGAUCAAAAUGACUUGC